AUGGAGGAAACUAAAUCCAAGUUUAAGAGGAUUUGCGUGUUUUGUGGGAGUAGUUCAGGCAAGAAGGCCAGCUACCAGGAAGCUGCUGUUGAGUUGGCCAAGGAACUGGUUGAGGGAAGAAUUGAUUUGGUCUAUGGAGGUGGGAGCGUGGGGUUAAUGGGCCUUGUUUCUCAGGCGGUUCAUGAUGGAGGGCGCCAUGUAACGGGAGAGCCUGUCGGAGAAGUUAGAGCUGUAUCUGAUAUGCAUCAAAGGAAAGCUGAAAUGGCUCGCCAAGCUGAUGCCUUCAUUGCCCUCCCUGGGGGCUAUGGGACACUAGAAGAAUUGCUUGAAGUAAUUACAUGGGCUCAACUUAAUAUCCAUCACAAACCUAAUGUGUCUGAUAUGUCUGUCAUGUUUCUCGAGUUCACGGCUGUUUUGAUUGUUGCAUACGCUUCUAAAGCUAAGUUGAUGCCAUCUUGGUCAAUAAAUCUUAUUGAUUGUGAUAGAGAAGUUGGCCUCUUGAAUGUAGAUGGAUACUACAAUUCCUUGUUGUCUUUCAUUGACAAGGCGGUUGAUGAAGGCUUUAUAUCGCCUGCCGCACGUCGCAUAAUCGUGUCUGCGCCCACAGCCAAGCAAUUGUUCAGACAACUAGAGGCAAGUGCUUUUUCCAUACAUAAAACAUGGUUUAGCUUAACAAUUCAAAAAGGUGCAUGA